AUGACAGACGGCUCUAGCUCGAGCAGCAGCGGCCGACCAAGCCAAUACGGCGGCAAUGUCGCUCGACGUUUAUCCUAUGCUUCGGUGGCGUCUGGGGCGACAUCUCAGAACCUUCCACCUCCUACUCGAUCGGGAGCCCUUGCUCAUCUUGCCAAUUCAACUUCAAGCAGCUCGUUUCCCCCACAAUAUCCAUCAGACCAUCAAUAUCAGAGGCGGCACUCGGGACAAGAGCACGACUCUCCAGGUAGCACGUAUUGGCGGAAACCAACAUCUCUACCAUCAUAUUCAAGAAAGUUUGCAAACAUUCCAGCUCUAGGAACGAACAAUACGACUCCGAAUCCCUUUUUCAUACCCUCCUACCUCCGACACUCGAGAUAUGUUGCCAAGCUAGAAGCUGCACACAAAGCCAAGAUGAAGAGAGAACGAGAACAGCCAUCGGCAGGAUUGUCAGCAAUGAACUCGCUCUCCACCAGCGCUGGGAAUACAAACGUCCAUCGGAUGGCGCCGUCUCAUCGUGGCAUGACAUACGAUAUCAUUGAGAGCAAUCCGCCGAAAGAGGAAGAGCAGUUGAUGCCGCUACCGUCUCGGUGGAGUGAACAGGACAAAUACCCUGGACUUGACGUGACGAAUGAUGGCCAAGAUCUCAAAUACAGUGGCUCUGCAAGUAAAGCCGAAAUCGAGGCCGCUUCAGUGCGCGCAGACUAUCCAAUGUCACCUGCAUGUGGAAUCUACUAUUUCGAAGUGGAGAUCAAACAGAAGAGUAAGGAUACAGCCAUUGCCAUAGGGUUUUCUACGGCCGAAGCAUCAUUAGAACGAUUGCCGGGCUGGGAAACCCAUUCAUGGGGUUACCACGGAGAUGACGGGAAGAUGUUCUUUGGGGAACAUUCUGGUCGAAACUACGGUCCUACUUUCGGCGUAGGAGAUAUCAUUGGAUGUGGUCUCAACUUCAAUGCUGGGUAUGCAUUUUUCACCAAAAAUGGACAGGACCUUGGGAUCUGUUUUCGAGAAUUAAAAAAAGACAUGAAGCCAUUCCCCACAAUUGGGAUGAAGAAGCAUUCGGGGGCGUUAGUGACAGGAAAUUUCGGUCAGCGACCUUUCGUCUUUGAUAUUGACGAUAAAAUGCUCUCCGAGAAGGCAAACGUGACGAGAGAUAUUACAAAAGCGAAAAUUUCAUCACUACAACAGCAACAGGAUGAAAGCAGUCUCAUCCAGGACCUAGUUGCUCAUUUUCUGGCUCACGAUGGUUACGUGGAGACAGCGAAAGCAUUUGCAGAGGAAAUCCGACGAGAAAAGCAGUCUCUAAACAAUAUAUUACCAACAACCACACCAGCAUCACCGGAACGAGACGAUACCGAUGCUGUUCACCGCCAAAGGAUACGACAAGCCAUUCUCUCUGGAGAUAUUGACCAGGCUCUUGAGGUAACCCAUGCACAAUUCCCAACCGUGCUUGUGCAGAAUCCCGAAAUCCUCUUCAGGCUCAAAUGCCGAAAAUGGGUUGAGCUGUUCAGCAAGACGACAGAGCUGAAUACUCGAAAAUCCGCGGUUGAGAAUGAGCGGAAUUCAAGCAACGGGUUUAAUAAUUCUUCUAGUGCCGAAGACCAUUUUGCUCAACAGAUGGAUCUUGACGAUCAUCCAGACAGCGCCCGCCAAGCUAAUGGUGUGGGAAGGUCGUCAGCAGAUGACAGGCUGCCGCAAUAUGAUCAACCCAUCCUCGAAGCGGUGAACUACGGUCAGGAACUGAAAAGAGAAUACCGGGAUGAAGAUGGCAAAUAUGCGAAGACUCUGGAGGACACGUUCAGCCUGGUCGCCUACAAGUUUCCUAAAGAGAGCGUACACGGCCACCUGCUGGAUCCGGCUGGGCGUGUGGCUGUCGCAGAGGAGCUAAACUCGGCCAUUCUAGUUUCUCUGGGAAGAUCCCCCUCAGCCGCAUUGGAGAAAACAUGGAAACAAACCGAAGCAUUGAUCGAUAUUCUCAGUCAAGACGGUGGUCCUGCCGCAUUUGUCAAUCUCCAAGCGUCAUUUUCGUCUUGA